AUGACGGCAGCCCCGCCACCAGACCCCUCCCCGCCGCCGCCUGCAACGUCACCCAAGUUCAUUGUUGGGUUUGAUCACUCGGAUAUUGGUACGAGAAGUGUGGAUCAGUCCGACCCGUUCUGUCAGAGCAACACUUCCAAUCUCUCUCUCUCCCGGAGUGUUGAGUUAACUCUAUGGGGUGAUUUCUGCAAUAGGGAAGGUCAAAAUCUGCAAGAACUGGUUGACUGUGGGCUUUUCCUAAUUUUAGCUAUCAAAGCUGGGAACGUUAACGACUUCAGUGGGAAAUCUAUAGGGACCAUUUCUUCAACCCAGCUCUUCAUAAAUCCAGAUUCUCCAGAGGCCCAAAGCUUGAGAGUUCGGUUUGAUCAACGAGGCAAAAAUAUUGCUUCUCAAUCCAUCUCUAGAGACAUGCCUGGAGGACCAAAGAAUGAGAUUCGUAAAACUGUGUCACAGAUCAAGGACGAAGGCUUGGGAAGAUCAGAUAAGCCAGACUGGGUUACAGUGAAGGCAUCCAUAUCAUUCAUCAAGACGGAUACGUUCUGCUACACAGCUUGCCCACUGAUGAUUGGAGAUAGACAGUGUAAUAAAAAAGUGACAAGGUCAGGAAAUUCAAGAUGGCAAUGUGACCAGUGCAAUCAGGAAUUCGAGGAGUGCGAUUACAGAUACCUUCUUCAAGCUCAAGUUCAGGAUCAUACGGGGUUGACAUGGGUGACCUCUUUUCAGGAAUCAGGUGAAGAGAUUGUGGGUUGCUCAGCAAAGGAGUUGUACUUCUUGAAAUAUGAAGAGCAGGAUGAUGUCAGGUUUGCAGAAAUCAUUCGUGGCAGUCUCUUCAGAGAAUAUCUGUUUAGGCUCAAAAUCAAAGAGGAAAUAUAUGGUGAUGAACAGAGGGUGAAAAUCACAGUUGUCAAGGCAGACAAGGUGAACUAUUCUGCUGAAAGCAGACACCUGCUUGAUUUGAUCUUGAGAAUUUGCCCUUCCUGA